GCAUGUUAGGUUGCGCGGUGAAGGGGUGGGAGUUGAUGUGAUUGUAGGCGAGGAAAAAGAUGGCGGCGGCGGCAUUAGUGGAGUUCCAACGCGCUCAGUCCUUAGUCAGCACCGAUCGGAACGCUUCUAUAGACAUUCUGCAUAGCAUCGUGAAACGUGAUAUCCAGCAAGAUGAUGAAGAGGCUGUACGUGUUAAAGAGCAAAGCAUUCUGGAGCUUGGUGGGCUUCUUGCCAAGACAGGACAGGCAGCAGAACUGGGGGGACUGCUGAAAUAUGUCAGACCAUUCCUGAAUUCCAUCAGUAAAGCGAAGGCUGCUCGGUUGGUUCGGUCGCUGCUUGACAUGUUUCUGGAUAUGGAGGCAGCAACUGGUCAGGAGGUUGAAUUGUGUUUAGAAUGUAUUGAAUGGGCGAAAUCUGAGAAAAGGACGUUUCUACGCCAGGCUUUGGAGGCUCGCUUGGUUUCCCUGUACUUUGACACUAAGAGGUACCAGGAGGCAUUGCAAUUAGGAUCACAAUUGCUUCGUGAACUGAAAAAGAUGGAUGACAAGGCACUUUUGGUGGAAGUUCAGCUCUUGGAGAGCAAGACAUAUCAUGCAUUGAGUAACUUGCCAAAGGCACGAGCUGCCCUGACCUCAGCACGAACAACUGCUAAUGCCAUCUAUUGUCCACCAAAACUACAAGCUGCCCUUGAUAUGCAGUCAGGUAUUAUCCAUGCUGCUGAAGAGAAAGAUUGGAAGACUGCAUACUCUUACUUUUAUGAGGCAUUUGAAGGCUAUGACUCUAUUGAUAGCCCUAAAGCUAAUACUGCAUUGAAGUAUAUGCUGCUCUGCAAAAUUAUGUUAAAUACGCCAGAGGAUGUUCAGACAUUAGUGAGUGGGAAGCUUGCUCUCCGAUAUGCUGGACGACAGACCGAUUCACUAAAAUGUGUGGCUCGGGCAAGCAAGAAUCGGUCAUUGGCUGACUUUGAAAAGGCUUUAACAGAUUUCCAAGCAGAACUGCGGGAUGACCCAAUCAUAACCACACAUCUGGCAAAGCUAUAUGACAACCUUCUGGAGCAGAAUCUUAUCCGAGUGAUUGAACCUUUUUCCAGAGUUCAGAUAGAGCACAUAGCAAGCAUUAUAAAACUAUCCAAGGGUGAUGUGGAAAGAAAACUUUCCCAAAUGAUCUUGGACAAGAAAUUUCAUGGUAUUCUAGACCAAGGAGAGGGAGUCCUCAUUGUGUUUGACGAGCCUCCAGUAGACAAAACAUAUGAAACAGCGCUUGAAACAAUCCAGAAUAUGGGUAAAGUAGUGGACUCUCUCUACAACAAGGCAAAAAAACUGACAUAGAGAACGACUUUGAUCCAGAGAGUUGGAGUGUGUGACAGAAGAGAAUGGAGCUUGGAGAAAUGUUAGGAUUUUUUUCAGUAUGUCCUACUUUCAGUCCGAAAGUUUUUAAAUCCUCGUCAAAUGCAUUCUGUUCAGAACAAGUUUGUUCCAGUUUGAUGUAGCCUUUACCCAGGUUAUCAGGGGUGGUGUGACAUUUAAAAAAAAAAAAUCCUUUUGUCAAAUAUUGUCCUGCUCUUCAUUCUUUUGAGAGUUUAACCAAACUCUUGCUUUAUGUGCAGAGUUUUUUGGUUGACCGUUGACCCAUGCUGUCUCUGUGGACCCGGCUGACAUCACACUGCUUUAGACCUGACUUGUUUUUCAACAGUUUCCUAAACAUGCCAUCACUGUUUUGAUUCUUGCCAUCAAUUUCAAAUGUACAAAAGGUUUUCGAUAACCAACAAUUAUCAGGUAUAUCUGAUGUUCAGAUGAGUUCAUAAAUAAAGAAGAAAACAUUUUUUUUCAA